UCCAUUUCUGCCCUGAAGCUGCAGGCACAAGGAACUCUGCAGGCAAAAUCCCCCAGAGCCUACUGAGUGAUAGCCCUGUAAGAACUACUUCAUUCCACAGUACUUGGGUGGCUGUUCCUUCUCCGAAAUGGCAGGUGUGAGUGGCUGUUUAAAAUAUUCUAUGUUUUUCUUCAACUUCUUGUUCUGGAUAUGUGGAACUUUGAUCCUGGCACUGGCAAUCUGGGUGAGAGUAAGCAAGGAUGGCAAAGAGAUCAUCACUUCCGGAGAUGCUGGCGCGAACCCGUUGGUUGCUGUGAACAUGUUGAUUGCGGUGGGGGCCAUCAUUAUGGUUCUGGGCUUCCUGGGAUGCUGUGGUGCUGUGAAAGAAAGCCGCUGCAUGCUUCUCUUGUUUUUCAUCGGCUUGCUCCUGAUUCUGCUUUUGCAAGUGGCAGCAGGUAUCCUGGGGGCUACUUUCAAGUCUGAGUAUAGCCGCCUUCUGAAUGAAACUCUCACUGAAAAUGCAAAACUUUUGACUCAAACGACUGAUGAGGCAAAAGAAUUCCAGAAGGCCAUAAUUUCGUUUCAAAAAGAGUUUCAAUGCUGUGGUUUGGUUAAAGGAGCUCAAGAUUGGGGAAAUAAUUUUUCAGAGGCUCAAGAGUCAUGUAAAUGUACAGAUACAACAGGAGCUCAGUGUUCUACUUAUCUGGGAAAUGAAGUUAAUUCACAGACCUGUACUUCUUCGAUAAAACAUUUGUUUGAAAAGAACAUUAUUAUAGUCAUUGGAAUUGCUUUUGGACUGGCAGUUGUUGAGAUUCUUGGUUUGGUGUUUUCUAUGGUGCUGUACUGCCAGAUUGGGAGCAAAUGAAUCCUCGGAUUUACCAAGUUAUUAUAUAAACACCAUUUAAGUUUUGGCUUUGGCUUUGUAACUUUAAAUAAGUGAGUACUGUAAAUAUCAGUAACAAAAGUCUUAUUCUAAUGUCUUGCCUAGGUAGACUACAGAUAUCCUCACAUGUGUUUAGCAUAUUUAAAUCUGG